UUCCCCGCCUCACCACCUUCCACGAUCUCGCGAGACUUGGCCUAGAACAUUGCGGAUCGGGUCGGCGCCAUUUUGGGACUGAGACUGGUUGUGGGGGAGGGAAAAGCGGCAAAAGGGGAUUAUUCAAAGUACCGAAAACCUCCUCCCGGGAUCGAGCGCAGCGGCAUCCCCAGGCCAGGGGCACCUCUGGUGGGGCGGAAGAUAAUUCUGGAGAUAGCCCUAUGAAAACUUCAAAACAGAAAUAUGGGUAGCUGACUUCAAAUAACUCUAUGUCAAAUAGUCAUAGGUUAAGUAUCUUCAAAGAACUUGGAUAUUUCAGAGGAUACAAAAUAAAAAGACAAACUGGAAAACAUAAAGAUUAUAGAGAAAAAACCAACACCUUCCUGUGCGGUCCUGUUGGAAUUUGGACUUGCCAUGAGGUGUUGAAGCCUUGUUUCACUGAGUUGGAGAGACUGGACCUAAAUGGCGCAGCAUGACUUUGCUCCAGCCUGGCUUAAUUUUCCUACUCCGCCAUCAUCAACAAAGUCAUCAUUGAAUUUUGAAAAGCAUUCUGAAAACUUUUCAUGGACAGAGAAUCGUUAUGAUGUGAGUCGCCGACGACACAACUCUUCAGAUGGCUUUGAUUCUGGUAUUGGGCGUCCUAAUGGAGGUAAUUUUGGGAGGAAAGAAAAAAAUGGAUGGCGUACGCAUGGCAGAAAUGGUACUGAAAACAUAAAUCAUCGAGGGGGAUACCAUGGUGGAAAUUCCCGUUCUCGUAGCAGUAUUUUCCAUUCUGGAAAAAGCCAAGGACUACAUGAAAACAGCAUCCCUGACAAUGACACUGGGAGGAAAGAAGACAAAAGAGAACGAAAACAGUUUGAGGCUGAGGAUUUUCCAUCUUUAAAUCCUGAAUAUGAAAGAGAACCAAAUCAGAAUAAAUCUUUAGCUGCAGGUGUUUGGGGCCUACACGCCCAGACACACACAUACCCAACCAAAAAAAUCUCCCAAGCUCCUCUCUUAGAAUAUCCCCCGAAUCCUAAAUCUAGAGCUCCAAGAAUGCUGGUCAUUAAGAAAGGUAAUGCAAAAGACUUACAACUAUCUGGAUUCCCAGUAGCAGGAAACCUCCAGUCACAGCCAGUUAAGAAUGGAACUGGUCCAAGUGUUUAUAAAGGCUUAGUCCCAAAACCUGCUGCUCCACCUACGAAACCUACACAAUGGAAAAGCCAAACUAAAGAAAAUAAAGUCGGAACUUCUUUUCCUCAUGAAUCUACAUAUGGUGUUGGCAACUUUAAUACCUUUAAGUCAACAGCCAAGAAUAUCAGUCCAUCAACAAAUUCAGUAAAAGAGAGUAAUCGCUCAAAUUCCUCCUCGCCUGUUGACAAACUGAAUCAGCAACCUCGAUUAACCAAACUGACAAGGAUGCGCACUGAUAGGAAGAGUGAAUUUUUGAAAGCAUUGAAAAGAGACAGAGUAGAAGAGGAACAUGAAGACGAGAGCCAUGCUGGCUCAGAGAAGGAUGAAGACUCGUUUAAUUUGCAUAACAGCAAUAGUACUCACCAAGAAAGAGACAUAAAUAGAAACUUUGAUGAAAAUGAGAUUGCACAAGAGAAUGGCAAUGCCUCAAUGAUUUCCCAACAGAUCAUUCGGUCUUCAACCUUCCCACAAACUGAUGUUCUUUCCAGUUCACUUGAGGCAGAACACAGACUAUUAAAGGAGAUGGGCUGGCAAGAAGACAGUGAAAAUGAUGAAACAUGUGCGCCCUUAACUGAGGAUGAAAUGAGAGAAUUCCAAGUUAUUAGUGAACAGUUACAGAAGAAUGGUCUGAGAAAAAACGGUAUUUUGAAAAAUGGCCUGAUCUGUGACUUCAAGUUUGGACCCUGGAAAAACAGCACUUUCAAACCCACGAUUGAGAAUGAUGACACAGAGACAAGUAGCAGUGACACAUCCGACGAUGACGAUGUGUGAAGGAUUUCCUAACAGCUUUAGAAAUUUUAGUGUGAUACAUCUCUCAUGCAGUUUGGGGUGAAUUGUAAAAAUGAAGAACUAUAAUUUAUGUAGUGACCCCAUUAGAAGAUGAUUUUUUGGGGGACUUCAAUAUGAAGAAAACCAAGAAUGUUGUGUUGGGCUGUGUUGAACAUUAUUUCUUUGUAAAUGAAUGUUGUAGAAAUGAGGACUUUGGUUGAUCCAACAUUGACUUUCUUCAUCACUGCAGCAUUUCUCUGACUAGCAAUGUGACGAUGUAACAAAUGAGAUUUUUCUCAUUUAAUAAUAAAAAAUUGUGUAAUGUUUUGCAAAGCUUCUGUCUUAAAAUGUCCAGGUCUUAAGAAAAAAGGCAGCUUACAGUUUUGCUUGCAGAGUCAUACCUUUUUCGUACAAUGGAAAUCUUCAACUCCACUUUGUGCACCUCUUCAAUUCCCUUUCCCCUAAAACAAACAAAACAAAACAACAACAAAAAAAGCAAAAAGGAAAAUGUAGCAUGUUGGCUAAAACUGGAGCAAGUGCACUAAAGUAUAACUUCCCGAACUCAACUGUUGUACUAGUCAUCCUUCAAAACAUAAAUUGCUCUUUAGUCCUUUGUAGUGCAGUAAUAUAGAGGAGACUUGCCACUCUUCCUUCCAAAUUUUAAGAGGUGAUUUUCAAGAGCUUUAUUUGGGUAGUGUAUUGUCAGAUCAGGAUUUUCAGAGCUGACUGGAAGAGUUGUAGGAAAACUUAUUUUGAUAAAUUAUUA